UUCGCAAUCGAAGGCAUUGAUUCUAUGGUCGCCACGUUAAUGGUGGACCACUCAUGCUCCAUUGUGAGUGCAGUCAGUGACGAAAGUGAAGGCGCAAUAGUUAGACAUUAGUUACACCCGCGCUCGUGGAACUGAUGCUGGGUCUAAGAAAUUUCAUCAGGCGACGCAACUUCGUCUUGAAUACCUUUGCUUAAAAGCACUACUAACAUAAUAUACAGGCGACGGAUUAAAUCUUGGACAGUCGACGAUGGCGCAGCUCAAAGUGGCUAUCAUCGGACAGAGUCCCUUCGCAGCGGAAGUCUAUAAACUCUUACGACAAAAUGGACAUCAGAUUACCGGAGUAUUCACGAUUCCGGAUAAAGGAAAUCGCGAGGAUGCCCUAGCGAUCACCGCGAAGGCCGACAACACGCCGGUUUUCAAGAUCAAAGCCUGGAGGAGCAAGGGAGUGGCCUUACCCGAAAUCUUGGAAUUGUAUAAGGGCAUCGAGGCGGACCUUAACGUGCUUCCCUUUUGCACCCAGUUCAUCCCUAUGGAGGUCAUCAAUCAUCCUCGUCACCGUAGCAUAUGUUAUCAUCCGUCUUUGCUGCCCAGGCACAGAGGAGCGAGCGCUAUAAGCUGGACUUUGAUCCAAGGAGACAAAACCGCGGGAUUCUCGAUCUUUUGGGCAGAUGACGGUCUGGAUACCGGGCCGAUCCUCCUCCAGAGAUCCUGCAAAGUGGAACCAAAUGAUACAGUGGAUAGCUUGUACAACAACUUUCUUUAUCCAGAGGGUAUCAAGGCCAUGGGCGAGGCCGUAGAUCUCGUGGCCAAGAAGCUCGCGCCUAUGAUACCGCAAUCUGAGGAAGGUGCGACCUACGACCCGCUACUGAACAAGAAGGAACUCCAGAAAAUCGACUGGACCAAGCCGGCGAAGGAGGUUCACGACUUUAUUCGUGGUCUGGAUAGUACACCAGGUGCAUGGACAAUACUAAACAACGAAGAGGUGCGUCUAUUCGGAUCGUCCCUAAGGAGUAAUGGUAAAUUACCGGAAGUCGAGACGGAGGUCGAUCUCGAGGAGCGAAAAGGGAUCGUUCAUUCGGGCGGUCUUUUAAUCAAGGCCGGCGACGGACAAUAUGUUAACGUGGAAAGGAUCAAGAUCGGCACCAAGACUAUUCACGCCAGUAAAUAUGGACAGACUAACGACAGCCAGAUCGUAGAAUUUACGGAAGAGGAACUGAAGAUCGCUGUUGUUUUACGUCGAAUCUGGACGGAUAUUCUCAAAGUUGAUAUCGAAGAAGAAACAGAUUUCUUUGCUUCUGGUGCGGGCAGCAUGGAUGUGGUACGAUUGAUCGAGGAGCUUAAAGAUAAUAUUGGCGUAAGUUUGCAAAACACGGACGUUUUUAUGGCGCCAAUUUUCAAAGAAUUUGCCACGGCGGUCGUUCUUGCCGCUCGAGGAAACGUAGCCGCGAAGGAGAUCAAGUAUGACGCAGUGAUAUUAGAGGCAAAUAAUAUGACCCUGAGAUUCCCUAAACAGCUUUUCAUCGACGGCGAGUUUGUCAACGGCCAUGACAAGCCUAUCAACACGAUAAAUCCACACGACGAAAGUGUUAUCUGCUCGGUAGAAAGUGCGAGUGAGAAGGAUGUUGAUCGAGCUGUUAAAGCCGCCAAAAAGGCCUUCGAGCAGGGCGAAUGGGGUAAAAUUAGCGCCAGGGAACGUGGAGCAUUAUUAUUCAAAUUAGCAAAUUUGAUGGAACAGCACAAGGAAGAACUGGCCACUCUAGAGUCCAUCGAUUCCGGUGCAGUUUACACACUCGCUUUGAAAACUCACGUAGGCAUGUCCAUUGAGACGUGGCGAUACUUUGCCGGAUGGUGCGACAAGAUCCAUGGUUCGACCAUACCUAUCUCGCACGCGCGUCCGAAUCGAAAUCUCACGUUUACACGGCGCGAACCAAUCGGUGUUUGCGGUCUCGUCACUCCAUGGAAUUAUCCUCUGAUGAUGCUCUCAUGGAAAAUGGCGGCCUGUCUAGCGGCCGGCAAUACCGUGGUAAUGAAACCGGCUCAGGCCUCGCCACUCACCGCGCUAAAGUUUGCAGAAUUGUCUGCUCUCGCCGGAAUUCCCCCGGGUGUCAUCAACAUCGUCUGCGGUUUCGGUAGUACAGUUGGAAACGCCAUAGUCGGACAUCCGUUUGUCAGGAAGCUGGGCUUCACCGGUUCUACGGAGAUCGGCCAGACAAUCAUGAAAUGCUGCGCUGAAAGUAAUCUAAAGAAAGUGUCAUUGGAACUCGGUGGCAAGAGUCCUCUUGUCAUUUUCGAGGAUACUGACAUGCAGCAGGCAGUCAGAAUCGCUAUGGGCAGCGUUUUCUUCAAUAAGGGCGAGAACUGCAUCGCCGCCGGACGACUCUUUGUCGAAGAGACCAUCCACGACGAGUUUGUGAGACGUGUGGUCGAAGAGGUAAAGAAGAUUUCCAUUGGCAAUCCGUUGGACAGAAGCACAGCUCACGGGCCGCAGAAUCACCAGGCUCAUCUGGGCAAACUUUUGCAAUUUGUUCAAGUUGGAAUUGAGGAAGGUGCUACGUUGGUUUACGGCGGGAAGAGAUUAAAUCGUCCCGGCUGGUACUUUGAACCGACCGUCUUCACGGACGUCAAGGACGACAUGUACAUCGCCAAGGAAGAGUCGUUCGGACCAAUCAUGGUGAUCUCCAAGUUUAGUUCAAAGAACGUCGAUGAGAUGAUCGCGCGAGCAAACAAUACCGAGUUUGGUCUGGCCUCGGGUAUCCUCACCAAGGAUAUCAGCAGGGCGCUCAGAUUUGCGGAAAAGAUUGAGGCUGGUACUGUGUUCAUCAACACGUACAACAAGACGGAUGUGGCGGCUCCCUUCGGCGGCUUCAAGAUGUCCGGAUUUGGGAAGGACUUGGGUCAGGAGGCACUUAAUGAGUAUCUGAAAACGAAAACGGUCACCGUCGAGUACUAACGAUUAAAAUAAUCAUUUUCCAUGUGUUUGUUGUAAUAUAGUAUUAUAGAUACAUGUAUUUAAUAGCGAUGCGAUUUGUAUCAAAACCUAUAAAAUACGCCUAUAAUAAUAUUAUGCGUAAUUUACAUCCUAUUAGAUCUGUGGAUCUUUUCUACUUACAUAAGAACGUAAUCGUGUAUUCAUUUUUCAUCAUUAUACGUACGUCAAUCAUUUAUACAAAUAAAGUGUCUCUUAUAUUCUAA